AUGGCAGCCGCCUUUACGCACCUGCCCAUAUCUUCUCUUCCCGUCUGGCAGACCCUCAAUGAUGUUUCUUUUGUCGACACUCGCAUCGCCGAAAUCCCUGGGAAAGGUUAUGGCCUUGUGGCCAAUCGCAGUCUUACCACUGCAAAACCGACCUUUCACCGGUCCUCGCUCGUGUCCGUCCCGCACAACCUGAUCCUGAACGCAGAGACCGUCGAACAAUAUGCCAAGCAGGACCGGAACUUUCGUCAGCUACUCGAAGUUGUCGGCCGCCAGAGCGAGAGAGGCGAUGUGUUGCUCUUUCUUCUGGUGCAGGUGGUCCUAGGACUGAAGCCACCCGGGACCGACUCUGUAGCAUUGCCGACCAUCUGGACCGAAUACGUCAAGUUCCUGCCCGCUGACAUCCCACUGCCAACGAUGUGGUCAGACACUGAGCGCCUCCUUCUGCAGGGGACAUCUCUCGAGGCUGCUGUACAAGCCAAAAGGAUCGCUCUGGAAUACGAGUUUGACCAGCUACACGAAAAGUCUUCCGAUAUUCCCUACUGGCAGGCAGCAUUCUGGGACGACGAACGUGCUGGUACUGGCCCUCAGCUGCAUCACUGGUUCCUCGUCGACGCAUGGUAUCGCUCCCGCUGCCUCGAACUGCCUCAAUCUGGUCCAGCCAUGGUGCCUUGCAUCGAUCUGGUCAACCACGGUUCCGCCCCGAACGCAUACUACGAAGAGAACGAGAUGGGUGGCGGGGCGCAUGGUGGCGAGAUUUCGCUUCUGCUACGACCGCAGCAAAGCGUGGCGGCAUCCGACGAAAUCACCAUCUCUUACAGUGGCGGAGACGGAGACGGUGACGGCGACGACGACCAUUGCGAUACAAGGAAGCCAGCAUCCGAAAUGCUUUUCAGCUACGGAUUUGUCGACCCUCAUUCGAUCCGCCAAUGUGUCAUCCUUCCCUACCGACCGCUACCCGACGACCCCUUGGCCAAGGCCAAACUGCAUGUCUUUGGCUCACCUGGUCCACGCCUGGAGAUAGAGCGAUUUGGUGCUGCCACUGAUGACGACGACGACGACGACGACAAUGACGGCUGCAAGAAAGUCACACCAAACGUCCGCUGGACGUGUCCUUUUGCGUACCUAGCUUGUGUGAACGAGGAGGACGGCUUGGCUUUUCAGCUACGUGCAGAGACAGAUGGUACACAACAGCUCCGAGCGUUUUGGCAAGAGGAAGACGUGACUGAAAAGGGACGCGAUUUCGAGUCUCUGACGAAAGCUCACCCUCUAAGCGCCGUGUUCCAGCUGCGCGUUGUGACGAUGUUGGAAGAGGUGCUGGAGGCUCAACUAGACGAAAUGCAAAGCGCAGCAGCCGACGACACCCCGAUCCGAGCACUGCAACAACAGCAACAGCAGCUCUCCGACAACUUUACAGCUCGGCCAGAUGUGGCCAAGCAGGCUGGCUUGCUGAGGGACAUUGAGUCACGCGUGAUCAGUAGUGUUCUAGAAGCACUUGAGACUGAGAGAUCAAAGCUGCUCACAGAUACUAGCGUCCUAGCUUACCUCGGGUCGAUGGAUAUUGCCGAAAACGACUUAGCCGAUGAAGAGGCGUCCAAUCAGAAGCCGUCGGAUGAGAUGGCGGAUGGAGAGGAUGCAGACGAUGACUUUAGCUGA